AUGUCAACCAUCCCACAGGACUUGAGUUACACUACCACCACUACCAUGACACCAGGCUUAAUGCGAUCAGGUAGCAGCUCCUCUUCAUCUGGUGGAGGCUCGAUUAUCACUAGCCCCACCGAUGAUGCAACCAUUGACUUUACCGUUCCGGCUACAUCUUCAGCGUCGCCCACUUAUCCCUUGACAUGUUACAAUCCCGUUUCAUUGUCUUCAUGCCCCUCAGCUCCAACGGAUGCAACAGUUGCAGCUGCUGCUGCCGCUGCUGCCGCUUUGAACGACAAAAGUCAAUUUCCUUCUGCAAAUGAAUUUGAUCGCAUCGUAAAUGACUAUCUCAGAAACCUGUCAAGCAAGAAGCGUGAUAAAGCACUUGUCGAUCAUAAGCGAUAUCAACUCAUCUUAUGUGUGCUCAAGGAUCCACGUAAUACAUCCAUCUCCACAGCUCAAUUUCGAUUUUGGGUAAAAAAGAUGUUUCAGCUGGUGGACAAGGAUGUCGUUUAUCACGACAACAAACCCGUUGCCAUGCGUGAGCAAAUCUAUUCCAUCUUGGUGACCGCACACAGACAAGCUCAUCAUGGUGGCCGAGAUAAGACAUCCGCUUUGGUUCGUAAGCGAUAUUCAUGGAUCCCAAAGGAAUUGAUUGCCCGGUUUGUACGACAUUGCCCAUUUUGCAUUACGCGACGAAACGGAUGUGGCAGCCCACCCACAGUUGAUGCCGGCACUCCUGAUACACCUUUGGAUGAUAUCAAGGAGGAGCCACAAUCCCAAAUGCAACAACAUCUUGAUUAUACACAUUUGGCUCAAGAGCAACAACAACAACAGCAGCCAGCUUCAUGGUGGUAUCAACAGCCUGACAUGUUUCAAAUGAGUAGCCAUGACAACCAAGGACUCGGCAAUGGAUCUUCGAGCUGUUUUCAAUGGCCGGCAAUGGGCCGACGACCAAGUAACUUUGUACCAUCGUAUUAUUAUAGUAUGCCGGCUCACACUCGGCCUGACAUGUUGAUCUCCUCACCACACGACCCACAAGGCAAUGCAUGCUCUGUUGCUGCAGCAGCAGCAGCAAUGGCUGUUAGCAGUGCAGCUUCCUCUUCAUACAUGCUUAACCAUUAUCGCCCAUUAUCACCUUGCUCUUCACUCUCAUCAUCUUCUCCACGUGAUGAAUUCCCCCCUUGUUCUUCCACAUCUAAUACUACUACAACUACUACUAUGCAACAACACCAUCACAAUAGCUACUACUCCUCCACAUCCAACCAUACUACCAUGUCUCCUUAUGCUCUCGACCUCUCACCUAUUGACUUUUUUAACCCAUCCUCCUCCACGCAAUAA